GAUUUAAAAGACUCAGUUUGGUGUUUGGAGCUUAAUUAUUGAUUAGAUUGGAUGAUAUUAUUUUUCCAACUAUUUGAUAAAAUCCAAUUUUCAUGAUGAAAUUGUUUCUUUUUUCUGCUUUUUGUCUUUUGUUGUCGUUGACAUUUUCAACACAAUUGAUUGAAUCCAAAAAAGUAAAAGUAUCCGUUUAUUACGAAACAAUUUGUACGGCAUGUCGUAAACAUUUUCUUGGUGUUGUUGUACCGGCUCGUAAAGCUAUCGGUGAUUAUAUGGAUCUAGAAUUAGUUCCAUAUGGUAAUGCACGAAUGUAUCCACAAGUACAUCGUAUCUAUUGUCAACAUGGUGAUAGUGAAUGCUAUGGUAAUGCAUGCCAAGCAUGUGCAUUAGAUAUAUACGGUUUUGAAAAACUUUAUGAAUAUACUAUUUGCAUGUUUGAAUCACCUCAUUUUGCUAAUCCGGCCGUUUCGGCUAAAGAAUGUGCUCAAUCUCUUCAGAUGGAUUUCCAGAAAAUUCAUAGCUGUGCUAGUGGUGAUCGUGGCUGGGAAUUAGCAUUGGAAAUGCGUUCGAAAACGGAUUCCGUACCUGAUCGUGAAUAUGUUCCAUGGACAACUGUUGAAGGCAAAUACGUUGAUUUUCAUGCCAAUCUAAUCGAAUACAUUUGUGAGAAUUUUUUGGCCGAUGAAAAUGUUCCAGCUUGCCAAAAAAAUAUUUAUUAAUCAAAAAUUAUAAUAAUGUUUUCAAAAUUAAUCAUUUUUCAUUAAUAAAUAGAUAAA